UAUACUUCUUCUAACAUUUGUUCAUAUCUGCAAUCAUAGUUAUAUGCUCAAAAUAGGAAUGAUGACAUAUGAUGGCUUAGAAACUUGCAUCAACAAGAACAACAAUCUAUCUUUACAAGAAGAAAGUGGAAGAAGCAGAGGAGAUGAGUGCUUGACUGAUUCAUUGGGUGAUGAUGCAUUUUCAAGCUGUUCAUCAAGCAAAGAUACAUCUGAGUCAUUUUCUUCAAAAUGGUUACCUAAGAAGAAUGGUAAACACAUUUCUAAUGAGUGGGACUAUGAGAGAAGUCCUAAACAUUUCUAUUCCAAGGAGGAGAGACCUGGCUAUACACUCUGCUCUUCUGAUGUUGAAGCUAUGAAGGAGAAGUUUUCAAAGCUAUUACUAGGUGGAGAUCUCACUGGAGGACGCAAGGGUGUGCCAACCGCUUUGGCUUUAUCAAACUCUAUAUCUCAUCUUGGCAACUCAGUAUUCGGCGAACUAUGGAAGUUGGAGCCUUUGUCAGAAGACAACAAGCAGAGAUGGAGAAGAGAAAUGGACUGGUUACUCUCUCCAUGUAAUCACAUGAUUGAGCUAGUCCCAUCUAAGCUAGAUGACAAAAAUGGAAGGUCACUUGAGAUCAUGACUCCGAAACCCCGUGCAAACAUUCAUAUGAAUCUCCCAGCUCUCAGGAAACUUGACUCCAUGCUAAUUGAGACACUAGACUCUAUGGUGUGCACAGAGUUUUGGUACUCAGAAGUAGGUCGUAGAGCUGAAGGAAAGAACGAGAUUUCAAGAGAGAGCAGAAGAUGGUGGCUUCCAUCGCCUAAAGUUCCCAAGCCAGGACUCUCUAGCUUAGUAAGAAAGAACUUGCUUGAGAAAGGCAAUGUUGUAUAUCAAAGCUUUAAAGCUGCAAAGUCAAUAAACGAACAAGUGCUUCUUGAAAUGCCAGUACCUACCAUUAUCAAGGAUUCGUUACCUAAGUCUGGAAAGACAAGCCUUGGGGAUGAACUGUUCAGGAUGUUGUCGUCAGAGUCUGCUUCCGUAGAUAAGAUAUUUGUGUCUCUUAGGCUUAGAACCGAACAUGCAGCUCUAGAGACAGUUAAUAGGUUAGAACCAGCUAUUUAUGCAUGGAAAGAGAAGAUUAUAGAAGAAACAAGCAGUGGUAAGUGGUCACUAGUUAGAGAUUCAUUGUCUGAGAUUAGUCGCAUUGAGUCACUCAUAAACAAGGCAGAGAGGCUUAAUGGCCAGAUAAAAUCUAAAUACUCUAAUCUCCCUCAGACAUUUCUUGAUGCCACCAAGAUUCAGUAUGGCAAGGACAUUGGUCAUGCAAUUCUUGAGGCAUAUUCACGUAUACUUGCGAGUUUAGCGUUCCGUAUACUGUCUAGGAUUCGAGAAAUCUUGCAAGAAGAUGCUCUGAGUAACUCUGGUUCACCUGCAACACCAAGAUGCUUCUCUGGCUCUAAUGACAUGUUUAGAACCCCAGAGAGGCUCCUGGUCUCGUCCCGUUUACGGCAUUCUCUCAUUCACGAUAUCAACAAAGCUGAUGAUGGUACAAGGAAGUCUCGACUGAGCACAGAUUCCUAAGGCAGUAGUUUCUCUUUGAUAUAUAAGAGGGCUUUAUAGUUUGAUGCGUGCCACUUGAAGCUUCUCCUUUGUUCAGAGGGUUUCCUCUUUGAUCAUGUACAUGUACAUGUGUUAAUAUAACACUAUUUUGAAAACUAUAAACUUAAUUACACAUAAAAUAAAAGUUCAAAACUUGUAAACACAAAGAUUUGUACUUAAAAAUUAAA